AUGUCAAAUAAAGCAACAAUGUUUUCUCGAAUCAAGGAUACAUUUGUGGAACUAAGUGGAACUGAAGGAAAUGUAGAUCCAAUAACAUCCAGUAAUGUACCGAAUGAUCAACGAUUGAUACCAACAGUAACAGCAGCAGCUGGAAGUUCUGUGAAUGGAAAUGAAUUAAAGGAGAAAGUAGAGACAAGACUCAUGUCAUUAUGGCAUAAUAUGAAAUAUGGAUGGAAUACAAAGUUGAGGUCAAAUUUUAAUAAGGAAUCAGCAAUAUGGUUUUUGGGACGAUGUUAUCAUCAAAAAGUCACUCCGAAUCCAUCCAUGCAAUCAUCAGCUUAUGAAAUGAUUGAUAAUAAUAUUACGAAUAAUUCUCGGAUAGACAAUAAUAAGUUACUCACAACAUCGUUGCAUGAAGAAAUGCCUACGUCCUGUGAUUCAUAUGUACAGCAAUAUUCAGGAACAAAAUAUCGAAGUACGAGUGAUUUAAAUGAUUGUAAUAAUGAUUAUGAAAUUGAUCAAGCAAUUGAACCACCAGAAGAAACAGGAACAGAUGUAGUCGGUGACUAUGAAGAUGGCUUUGAUGGAUUUAAAAAGGAUUUUAUCUCACGAAUAUGGAUGACUUAUAGACGUGAUUUUACAAUGAUGCAAACAGAAUUAAAAGAUCCAAUGCAUUCACCAACUAGUGGCUAUACAUCAGAUUGUGGAUGGGGAUGUAUGAUAAGAUCUGGUCAAAUGAUGCUUGCACAGGCACUUAUUGUUCAUUUUCUUGGACGAAGUUGGCGUUUUGAUCCAAAUUCACAGCUAUCACAGACAACAGAAGAUCACAUUCAUAGGAAAAUACUUCGAUGGUUUGGUGAUCAAGAGUCUAAGACAAGUCCAUUUUCAAUUCAUAAAAUGGUCGAAUUAGGCAAGAAGAAUGGUAAGAAAGUUGGUGAAUGGUAUGGUCCUGGAUCUGUAGCACAUGUAUUAAAAGAGGCUGUUAAGCAAGCAUCGAAAGAAAAUAUUGAUCUAGCAACGUUGCAUGUUUAUGUAGCACAAGACUGUACAAUUUAUAAUCAAGAUAUUUUCGAUGAAUGUUAUUCACAAGAAAUACAGACAGUUCCGUGGCAUAAUAAGUCACGAUCAGCCACAACAUCUCCAUUGAAGAAUUUUGAGAGGAAGAAAAAUGUCAUUACAUGGAAACAUUUAGUUCUGUUGAUUCCACUAAGAUUAGGACAUGAAAAAUUAAAUCCAAUUUAUUCUGACUGUUUAAAAGCCAUGCUGAGUCUUGAAUGGUGUAUUGGAAUUAUUGGUGGACGUCCAAAGCAUUCACUCUAUUUUGUUGGAUAUCAAGAUGAUAAAUUAAUUCAUUUAGAUCCACAUUAUUGUCAAGAUCUCGUCGAUGUUAAUGUCGAUCAUUUUCCAGUCACAAGUUUUCAUUGUCGGUCUGCAAGGAAAAUGAAAAUAUCCAAAAUGGAUCCAAGUUGUUGCAUUGGAUUUUAUAUUCCUACACGUAAUGAAUAUGAUCGAUUCCAAAAUACUAUUCAGCCAUACUUACAACCCGUCAAUAAUUACAAUGAACGACAUAAAGCUUUACAGACAACAUCCUCUUGCCUCAAACCACCUAAUGUCAUGUACGAUCAAUCAACUUAUCCCAUGUUCAUUUUUCAACCUGGUAGACUUCGAGACGAGACACAUAAAUCAGCUCGUGUACGAACAACUGCAUUAAACUCAUUAAGAAAUCUUCAAUUACAAGAUCCAGACGAAGAUGAUAAUGAUGAUGGAAUCGAAGAUUUUGUGAUUCUAUAA